AUGGAAAACAACAAAUCUUGUACAAAAACAAAAGCUUUUCUAGAGUCAAAAGAUAAAAGAGAAAAAAUAGAUGACGACGAUGACGAAGACGAUAAAGAGGAGAAGUAUGAUAAAGACAAGCAAAAGAAUAAUUAUAAUUCUAGUGGGGGAAAUGGCCAUAAGAAGAAAGAUGGCAAGGAUAAUAAUGAGAGUUAUAGCCACAAGGACAAUGAUAAUGGUGGUAAAAAUAAUGAUAAAAAUCUAUAUAACAAGGAGUAUAGUAGUGUAAAUGAUACUUCCCAAAAGAAUGGGAAUGCUAACGUUCGUAGUUCUACGAACUCAAAUAAUGUUAUCAAAAAAAUAGAACGAAAAAAUAACAAACAUUCACAAAGCGACAAUAACGCAAAGUGCAGUAAAGAUAAAAAGUCUAAGCUAAAUAACAAAAAGAAAAAGAGGAAUGAAAAAAAUUUGGAAAAAAAAAAAAAAAACAAUCUCAAACAAGGAAAAAUAGAUCAAGCGGGGGAAGUAAAUGAUGAAGAGAAGGGAGAUGAUGAUGAGAUUGAAGAUGAUGAAGAUGAAGAAGAAGAUGAUGAUGAGGAAGAGGAAGAGGAAGAGGAAGAAGAAGAUGAUGAGGAGGAAGAGGAAGAGGAAGAAGAAGAUGAUGAAGAUGAAGACACUGCGAAUGAAGAAAAAAUAAAAAAUAAAGCUAAUAGUAAAUCCACAUUAUCAAAAAAACAAGAAAAACAACGAAAAAGCGAGUUAUUGAAGCUAGAUAGUAACAAUACUGUACAGUUUUAUAAUUUUUUAAAUGAUAAGAUUAAAGAUAAAGACGAUGAUGAUUAUGAUAAUAAUAAUAAUAGUGACUCAAAAAAAGAAAUAUAUAAAAGUAGCAAUUUAAAAAAAGAAAAAAAGUUAAGAAUGAGUCAUACGUAUGAAGAAUUUUUAUCAGAUCAUCAUGAUUAUACAUCAUUAAAAGUAAAUUAUAAAAUUAACAAAAAAAGUCAUUAUGAUAAAACAAAAAAAAGAAUCCAUAUGUCCAUUUCCAUAAAUGAAAAUAAGGAACGUACCGUAAAUAGAAGCAGUAUAUGCACGGAUAAUGCAAAGUUUUUAAAUUUUCUAAAUGAUAAUGAAAAAUAUGCACAUUAUUUUAAAAAUAGAAAAAGAUUCGAUAGUAGAAGAAGAAAACAGAAAAAAGCUAAUAUAAAAAAAAAAGAAAAAAAUGAUACAAAAGAGACGUUAGACAAUUAUAUAUUAAAUGUGAAUGAGAAAAAUAAAUAUUAUGAAAUGUUUUCUAGCGAAAAUAUAGCUAAAGCAAAAACCCCAGUAAUAGAUUUUCCAGUGGAGGAAAAAACUGAUGAGGCAUAUGUUGGUGAAUUACAAGAUUCUGAACAGAAGCAAAAAAUAAAGGAAGAAGAGCGUAUGAUGAAUUAUGCAAAUAUUGUUGAAGAAGAAAAAAAAAUUAUAAAAGAAAAAUAUAAAAUUAAAACUUCGGUACUUUGCAAUCGAAGAUUUUUUAUAUUCCGAAAAAAAGCAUCAAGGAAAAAAAAGGAAAAAAUUAUUAUUUUUUUAAACCAUAAUUAUUCUGUUUGUGAAAGUGGACAAUUUAAUGACCAUUUUUACAAAACGAUUCAUAAGAAUGAUUUGGAUAAUUUAGAAGAAGAGAGAAUAUAUAUUGAUAACAAUAAAGAAAAUACAAUAAAAAAAAUUAUAUAUAGAAUAUUUCCCCAAUUUUCAAUUUUUAGUUUAAUCCUAUAUGUUACAUUCAUUCAGUGGGUAAUAUUUAUCCUACUUAUAUCCGUCAAAUCCGAUUUAACUCUAACCCCAUCAAAUGAUUCUUUAAAGAAUUUUGGAAGCAAUUUUCCACAUAAUAUUUUUAAGAAGGCCGAAUUUUAUCGCCUCUUUACAGCAUUAUUUUUACAUUCAAAUUUUAAUCACAUUUGUGCAAAUACAUAUGUUCAGUUAACUGUCGGAUUUUUGUUAGAAUAUCUGUACGGAACAUAUGUUGUUUUUUUAGUAUAUGUUUUUACGGGUAUAUAUGGAAUAAUAUUAUCAUCCCCAUUAACAUAUUGUUACUCUACCACUGAAAGCAGUAGCAGUUCUUCAGGAAUUAUUGGAAUUUUUUUUUCAGAAAUUUUAAUGAUGACUAAUUUUAAUGUAGAUAAAAUUAGCAUCAGUGUACAUUUAUUUUGUUUCUUCCUCCUUCUUCUAUUUCUUAAAUUUUCUUUAAACACUGGCAGUAUUAACAUAUACAGCCACUUUUUUGGUUUCCUUGGAGGUUUUUUAAUCGGCAUAAUUUUAAAACGUAACCAAUUGAAAUAUUUUUUGAAGAAUAAUUUAUUAAUUCAAAUAUUGUCCCUAGUAUUUCUGAUAGUAAGCUUAGCGGCAGCUAUUUUUACAUCAACAUAUGUUGUGCAAAGCUGUCCAAAUUAA